AUGUCCGAAUCCAGUUUUCCUGGUGCAGCAAUCCUUGAUAUUAUUCCUGAAGUGCAGUAUCUACCCUCCUGGCUCCCAGGGAUGGAAUUCAAAGUCUACGCUCAGAACUGCGUUAGGUUAGUGACGGAGAUGACCACGGCGCCGUUCGAGUUCGUGAAGUCAAAUAUGGCUUUAGGGUUGGGAAAGAGAUGCAUAUCAUCCGAGCUCCUGGAACGCUUGCCACCUCAUGAAGGCACUCAUCCGCUAGAAGAAAUUAUUAAGGGUGUCGCAGGCGUUGGGUACAACGCUGGUGCAGAUGCUACCGUAUCCGCGAUAGAGAUGGUCCUUCUAGCAAUGGUUCUUUAUCCGGAUGAUAGGAUGUCGCUCCCGUAUGUGGAAGCGGUCUGCAGGGAGGCUCUGAGAUGGGGUGUGGUUACCCCACUGAGUGUCGCGCAUGCAACGACGGAGCCCGAUGUUUACAACGGGUAUUUUGUACCUAAGGGUGCGACCAUUAUCAUGAACACAUGGGUGGUACAUAUGGAUGAGCGGGUCUACAAAGAAGCGGGUCUACAAAGAAGCGGGUCUACAAAGAAGCGGGUCUACAAAGAUCCCUACGAGUUCAAACCGGAGCGCUUCUUGAAUAACGAUGGGACUAUCAGCGAUGAGUAUCCCCUCACAGCAUUUGGUUUGGGUCGACGCAUUUGCCCAGGCCGACAUUUUGCGGAUGCUGCAAUAUGGAUCGUUGUGGCGUCCGUGCUUGCCUGUUUUGACAUCUCGAAAGCAACAGAUGAGAACGGGCAAGAGAUUGUGCCAUCAGUAAAGUAUACCGACGGGCUGGUCAGGCGAGUUUCCCGCCAGAUCUGCUGA